UCUUUGUUCCAGGUCCCUGCUGCCGCAGAACCGGGUGGCGGAAGUUCGAGGGCGCCGGGUGAGUGACUUGCGGCGGCGGCGCCGGAGUCCCCGCAGCCGAGAUCGCGGACGUGAAGCCCUUCCGACGCUCCAGCAUGGACCUGGAAGCCAAAAUGAAGAAGAUGGGCUUAGGUCAUGAGCAAGGGUUUGGAGCCCCCUGUCUGAAAUGCAAAGAGAACUGUGAAGGAUUUGAACUGCACUUCUGGAGAAAAAUAUGCCGUAAUUGCAAAUGUGGGCAAGAAGAGCACGAUGUCCUCCUGAGCAACGAAGAGGAUCGAAAAGUGGGGAAGCUCUUUGAAGACACCAAGUACACCACCCUGAUUGCAAAACUCAAGUCAGAUGGCAUUCCCAUGUAUAAACGCAAUGUUAUGAUAUUGACCAAUCCAGUUGCUGCCAAGAAGAAUGUUUCCAUCAAUACUGUUACCUAUGAGUGGGCUCCUCCCGUCCAGAAUCAGGCUUUGGCCAGGCAGUACAUGCAGAUGCUGCCAAAGGAAAAGCAGCCAGUGGCGGGUUCAGAGGGGGCGCAGUACCGGAAGAAGCAGCUAGCGAAGCAGCUCCCCGCACAUGACCAGGACCCUUCUAAGUGCCAUGAGUUGUCUCCCAAAGAGGUGAAGGAGAUGGAGCAGUUUGUGAAGAAAUACAAGAAUGAGGCUCUGGGAGUUGGCGAUGUCAAGCUUCCCUCUGAGAUGAACAGUCAAGGUGACAAAGCACACAUCCCCGGUGGGGACAGAAGCAGCCCCUCCCCAGCAGUGGUGGGUGCCAGGGACAAGUCUGCCGAGUCCAAGAAGACCCACUAUUCCUGCUACUGCUGCAAAACGACCAUGAAGGAAGGAGACCCAGCCAUCUAUGCCGAAAGGGCUGGCUAUGACAAACUCUGGCACCCCGCCUGCUUCGUCUGCAGCACAUGUGGCGAGCUGCUGGUUGACAUGAUUUAUUUCUGGAAGAAUGGGAAGCUGUACUGUGGCAGGCAUUACUGUGACAGCGAGAAGCCCCGCUGUGCUGGCUGCGAUGAGCUGAUAUUCAGCAAUGAGUAUACUCAGGCAGAAAACCAGAACUGGCAUCUGAAACACUUUUGCUGCUUUGACUGUGACAACGUCCUGGCCGGAGAAAUAUAUGUGAUGGUCAAUGACAAGCCUGUGUGCAAGCCUUGCUAUGUGAAGAAUCAUGCUGUGGUGUGUCAAGGAUGCCACAACGCCAUCGACCCGGAAGUGCAGAGGGUGACCUACAAUAACUUCAGCUGGCACGCGACCACAGAUUGCUUCUUGUGCUCCUGCUGCAGCAAGUGUCUGAUCGGGCAGAAGUUCAUGCCUGUAGAGGGGAUGGUUUUCUGUUCUGUGGAGUGUAAGAAGAUGAUGUCUUAGGAAGAGAGCACCAAGCAAUAGUGAGCUAAGCCAUAGCUGUCCAAAAUGGUCUGCAUUUCAAAAUAAAUAAAUAAAUAAAAGGAAAAAAAACUUAUAUAGUGAACCAGAGUAUCUUGUCCAAUAUCUAUCUUUGUUUUUUUUUUCUUAUGAGUUUUUUCCUAUUUUAAUUUUGAAAGACUGCUGUGCAUGUGAUUUUAAAAACGGUAAUAAAUUUAGCUUUCAUUAGCUUCAUAAAUAUGCAGCAUUUGAGCUGGAAGCUUGGGUUUAAUUAAUCUUCAUACCUGUGUAACCCUGGUGCCAAAAACUUAAGUUUUAAGUGUAAAACUUAAAAGUUAGUAUCCUGAAUGGCGAAGUGCACUUUUUAACUUCUGUACCUGUAGUCAUCAUUCACAUGUAAAAUGAAAAGGAAAUUAAAUGUGCCCUGACAGCCAGCCUUUCCACUUAGCACUGAUCUCACUGAACGUAUAACGAUGCGCAGAGGAUUCCGUUUGACCCAAGGCGGCAGUGCAGUUUGUAGAGCCAUAUUCCAAUGUCUAUGCAUUUGCCAUCUCCUGCUUGAAUCAGGGGCAGCCUUUUCUCGAUGACAUUUCUCUGUACCUUAUUUACUCUACCUCUCAAUACUCCUCUUUGUGAGCUUGUGAUCUCCCUCUGUGGCCUUGAAUAUUUUCUUGUAUGUGGUAUAACACGUGCACUUUGCUUUUAUAGACUUUGUCAAGACCAUAAAAAGCCACACCAUUCAUUUAUAUUGUUUUCAAUCCAAAGAAUAUGUAUCAUUUUUGUACCCCAUAAAAUAUAACUUGUACUUACUUAUUGCAGUUGCCUGCCAAGCUUUGAAUCCAUUUUUUUGCAUGAUUUUUGGUCUUAUCUAAUGGCCACAUCUUGGCAUGUUUGUAGAUACAUAGAAUGUCUUCUUUCCUGUACCCUUCCAUCCUUAGGUUGGAAAGCUUCUUUCCUUGGAAGCUUUCAUACAUGGCUAUGCACUAUAAAUGUUAAAUGGAAUGAAUAUUAUAUAUGUAUAUAUUAUUCAAAAUAAAGUCUUUCACAUUAAUAA